CACGUUCUGAACUAGAGAGAUACAGCGUCUAUUUUGAGGAUGCACCUAGCCUGGUUAGUAAGGCCUAUUUCUCAAGCGGUGAAGACAGCACAAACACAAACUCUCAAAGCCUCGUCGAGUCAUUCAGUCCGAGAGUUGAUUCAGGCGAUGCAGCAGCAAUGAGUUUCCUCUGUUCCUGUGUCCGACGCCAGAAAAAGGACACAUUGGAUGACUACUACUACGGUAAAUACAGCAAGUACUCCAGUGAGACCCCGAUGCCUAGCAUCGCACCGACACCACGGGUCAGGCGCAAGUUUCCGGAAGGCGUCCGUCCACUGCCACAUGCUUCUUCUGACGUUAGUAUGCAGAAGGACGACGACGUCACCUGGAAGCAAACGUUUGCUAUUAACAACAACACCUUGGGGUCAGACUCUGAUAUCGAGGACAUUGAGAGGACACUUCUGUCCAUCUGUGAGCAGGAGGAAGAGAGGUUGAAGCACUCUGAGAUCAUCUCCCACUCGAGUGCGUACAGUGAUUCAGGCUCCGACAGUGAAGAAGAAGAUGACGAUGCUGCCAGCAUGACAAGCCAGGACUUGGAGGAUCUUCUUGUGACCGCCGAUGACGUAGAGGACUCCAGCUUCUCGGAGGACAGCGACGGGCUCGAGGAACCAGCCCAUCGCUUUACGCUCAGGCCACGUGACACACUGCGCGAACGAUAUGCAGAGUAUUCCAACGAGAUCUGGCAGGACAUCCAGGUGUCACUAAUUGAGGCCAUCAGCAGUAAACACUCCAGCGUCCAGGAAAGUGAUGACCCAGUAGACACUGCGAACCAUGAACGUGAAGACGCGGAGGAUGAUGACACGGCCCAAGUGUUCAGAGCGGGGAGGUUCCACGUAACGUCAGUGCCAGACGGAAAGGCGUUGGACCUCGCGCAGAACAGCAAUGUCCAGGAUGCUUUCGUCAUCGCAGUGGAGCAGCAGGCCAGAGAGCGUCUGGAGCGGCUGUCUGCCCUCAAGCGAAUCAAGCCCGUCGAUAUGACCAAGCUCUCCCAGCAGCUGAACCGGCAAAUCCCUGCGACUGAACAUCAGCAAGAACUGAACGGUUUCAUAGAGAGCAGUCCGAUAUACGUGACUUCCAUCCCACCCAACAACAGCAGUACCGCGGCACAGCACCUGCUGAAACAAGAUACUCCCCCGCGCAGGACAGCGAUCGUGCCCGGUCGGGGCGUGAAGACAGGACCUCUGAGCAACGGCCAUGCUAUCACCAACACUAGCAGCACAGAGGAACCCGACUCGACCGCCGAGAUCGAGCUGAAACAGGACCUGAGCGAAGAUCUAGUGAACAGUGUUAGUGAGUGCAGUGCAAGUACUAAGGGCAGGGCCACCUCGCCCUUCGCGAACGGCCGGACCGAAGUGCUUAUCGGCCAGGAUUCUACUGAUGCGAGUGGUGGAACGGGCAAGCUGCGGACGACGGCCAUAGUGGAGAACAGUAGUGCCAGGAAACUAGGCGUAGGAGAGGAUAACCUCAACAGGCCUCGACGGCGUAGCGGGAGCAGCAUUAUUGUUGUGGACACACAAGAUCCUGAGCCCAUCAAACAUCGAACCCCAGAAGAACAAGAGGCGGAGGAUGCCUACAACACGAUGAUGAUGACACUGGACAGUGGGCCUCACCGUGAGAUGGCUGUCGAUGUUCCAGACUCCUUCAUUGCCAGGAGCAAGACACCGCCCCGGUACCCUCCACCGAGGCCUCAGUGCAGGUUGCAGCCUGGUGUUAAUGGAUUAGCUGCAAAACCAGUACCUCCACCUAGAGAUCAUCUACGUAUUGAGAAGGAUGGACGUCUGGUGAACCGUGCACCAGCACCUCAGGUACCUGCCAGAACUGCCACUGCUGCUGCCACACCCUUCUGUCACAACAACAACACUGAUCCCACAAAGGAGCAACUCGACAGCAUUCGCAAGUUCCAGGAAGCCUUGCGGAAAAGGAAGGAGGAAGAAGACCGCGUGGCCCAGCAGAAUGAGUUCCUCAACAGAAGCGUCCGAGGCUCCCGCAAGCUCCAGGCGCUCGAAAGCCACUCGAUGCCCCAGUCCCCCAGCGGCGUCGUCAACGACGGCUACUCGUCCGCAGAGGAAGCCGACCUUGGACCACCACCAGCCGCCGAAGACGACUCGAAAUCGGAGUCGCUGCACAGGGUGAUCGGGUAUGGGGAGCUUGUUGCUUCCCUGCAGCGAUUGCAGCACCAGCUGAAGAAGAAUGGCUUGAGCCAGGGUGCAGGAGGAUACACAAGUCUAGAAGGUCAAAUUGCAGCUGUGCAGACCCUUUUACUAAGCCCUGAGUUUGGAAGAGCUCUAGCAGUACACAACAAGGUGCAGGAGGUUUGGAGUCAGUGGCACACACAGCCUUCAGGGAGCUCCAGGCAGCUAGCAACUGCACCAAGUCCAGUGUCCACACACACACAAACACUUGUCAGAGACUGCUUGGAGACCUUGCAGCCAAGUUCACUACCUGAUGCUGCAGAAUUGGCUGAUCUGUUGACUCGUUAUGAGUUUGAAGGUCUGCUGUAUGCUCAUGACGCAAUUGCCACACAAAACGUUGCCAUCAUGGCUGCUGGGACUCCAUCAUGUGAAGAUGAUUCAUCUGAGCAGUUUGUUGGUGAAGAGAACAUCAAGAUCAUCAAGAUUGAAAAGACAAAUGAGCCUCUUGGUGCAACUGUUCGGAACGAAGGUGAUGCAGUGAUAAUUGGACGGAUAGUGCGAGGUGGAGCUGCUGAGAAGAGUGGGCUCCUCCAUGAAGGAGAUGAGGUUCUUGAAGUGAAUGGCAUUGAAAUGCGAGGCAAAUCAGUGAAUGAUGUAUGCGACAUUCUGUCAGGCAUGACGGGCACUCUGACCUUCCUCAUCGUGCCUGAGGCUGUGUCUAGGCCUCCUCCCCCUCCUAGUAGAGACACACUUAUGCAUAUGAAAGCGCACUUUGACUAUGACCCAGAAGAGGAUCUUUACAUUCCAUGUCGGGAAUUGGGCAUCAGUUUUCAAAAAGGUGAUGUACUGCAUGUGAUAAGUCAAGAAGAUGUGAACUGGUGGCAAGCAUACCGUGAGGGAGAGGAAGACCAGACAUUGGCAGGACUCAUUCCUAGUCGCUCCUUCCAACAUCAGCGAGAAUCAAUGAAACAGACUAUAGCAGGAGACAAAACAACAAAGGAGAAGUCAAAGAAGGCUGGAACGUUGUUAUGUGCAAAGAAGAAUCCAAAGAAGAAAAAGAAGAAAGCGCCAUACAAUGUAGCCUAUAAUGAUGGAGGCUACCCUCUGUAUGCAACUAGCACGGUGGAUGAUUAUGAUGUGGAUGAGAUCCUGACAUAUGAGGAGGUCUCGCUCUAUUAUCCAAGAGCAAAUCACAAGAGGCCUAUAGUUCUCAUUGGCCCACCUAACAUUGGCAGGCAUGAACUAAGGCAGAGGUUAAUGGAAGACGCAGAGAGGUUCGCUGCAGCAAUACCACAUACCAGUCGAUCAAGGAAAGAGGGGGAGGUAGAUGGUCAGGAUUACCACUUCAUUACAAGGGUACAAUUUGAGGCAGAUAUCCUUUCACGGAAGUUUGUUGAACAUGGAGAAUAUGAGAAGGCCUACUAUGGAACUUCCCUUGAUGCAAUACGGAGUGUUGUCAACUCAGGAAAGAUCUGUGUUCUCAACCUUCAUCCACAGUCACUCAAGAUACUCCGAAGCUCUGACCUUAAGCCAUAUGUGGUGUUUGUGGCACCACCCUCACUAGAGAAGCUCAGACAGAAGAAGAUACGGUGUGGAGAGGCAUUCAAGGAGGAUGAACUAAAAGAUAUAAUUGAAAAGGCUCGUGAAAUGGAGGACAGAUAUGGUCACUUCUUUGACAUGAUCAUUAUCAACAAUGAUACAGACAGGGCAUAUCAUCAGCUUGUCAGUGAGAUCAACAGCCUGGAGAGGGAGCCUCAAUGGGUACCAGCCAGUUGGGUCAAGAAUACAUGAAGAAGUAUGGUUGGAAUCAAAACUUUCUGCAAAUGGCUGAAGUCAGAUAGACAAGAUGUCUGCCACUUUGUGAAUAUGGUGUAACUGAAUGACAUGAACAAUUCUGCAAUAAAUACUUAAAUAUCAUGCUGGCCAUGAGAUGAACUGUUUAUGUUAGACAGACGUAAUUGCCACAUGCUGAUAACCUCUACUUAGUAUUGAAAUGGACAUAACUGUUAUUCAGUGGGAAAGAAACUUAGUGAUGAUCUUGGGUCGAUCCAUCAUGAACGUCAAGAAGAUGGAGCACAUACUUACGUUACAUCUUACGUCAACGUAGCCACGUUGCCUUUCUCCCUCAGUUUGUAACGAUUAUUACUGACUCCAUUUUGCAUAACAUUGUUAAUAUUAUUCAACUUAUUUUUAGGUCUCGAAUUGAUCAUUAUAGUGUGCAAUGUGGGUAGAGUGCCAUUCAUUCAUGACUGUAUCUGUCACAUUGACACAUCGAAUGGCAUUCUCAAAUAUGUGUAAGUUCUUAUGUUUGUCCCUCAUGGACCAUUUUAUCAGCCAGACAGUUAGUUUGGGUGAGGUAACAAAAUUGUCAGUAGAAAAGGGAGAUGAACAUUCUAGUUUCCCAUUUAGUUUUGUCAGCCUUGCAAGUUGUAGCUCUUCCACUAUUGUCCCUGUGGCCACUGCCUUUGAUGGUAAACGUAUUACAAAAGGAGUACUUGGUAUUUCCUUUCAUACAGUUAUUUUUUUGUGUUAAACAAAAGAAGUAUAGCCAAACCAUUUUUGUCGAGUAUUAUGUGUGGAAGAGAAAAUUCAUAAUAAUACUAUUCCCUAUCUUGUCAAUUUUUAAGUAGAUGAAUAAAAAUUGAAUGUUUUCACUUAUUUUGAAGACAGAGUAGGAUGUGAAUAUUGUAUCUUUUUUUUUAAAAAUAGAACCACUUAUGUUCUGAGACAAGCAUCCAUGAUUAAAGAAAGUAAGUAUGAUGUUAUGUGCCCCACAUUUUGAUAGCUUCUUGUAUCUUAAAUGUUACUUUUAUCAUAAGAUUGGUUUUAACCUUUCUUUUUACAUCUCCAGUAAAAGGUGUAUGGGGGAGAACAAAUGAGGGGUGCUGCUAUACCCAUGCUCUGUUUUAACUAAGCAAUACAUUACCAAGUCAUGCAAAACUUUCAAAUGUUUUAGUAAUGGAUCUGCACCAAGUUUAGAAAACCAAACCCUUCUUCCCUACCCUCAAAUCUUUGUAAAAACUUACUCUUGACCAACUUUGUUUAUAUAAAUUAUUCAUAUUGUUUUCACAAGGUGUUAGAUAAAGAAUGUACAGUUAUUUUUAUUAUAUAAUAAUAUUGAAAAUAACAGAUUUCCAAAUAUGUACUGUUAUAUUAUUAAUUUCUAUUUUAAAAGGGUAACUCUUUUUCAAACAAAAAGAAACUGCUCAAGAACUUAGUGCUGUACUAUGAAAGCUUAUAAAAGAAUGAUGAGAGCAAGCAAAUGUAAAUAGGCUGCUUCCUCUCAUAUAUUAUUAUUAUGUACUUAUAAUGAAAAAAAAAAAAAGAAAUGUAUAUUUCUGUUGUGUAAUUCUUUAGUAAACGGUACCAAUGUGUAAUAA